AUGAGAAGCGUUGGGAUUUUUCAGAUUCUUGCAAGCGAUUUUCAUGAUGACGCCAGCAUUGACUGUUCUAUUCCUUACUCGGACGGCUGGAGAACAUUAUUUCCUGGAGAGACGGUGGAAGAGCCCGAUUAUGAUGUUUUGUGGACAAGGAUAAUGCUCCAGAUGGUACUCCAGGUUGCAAAGCGAAUUCCACCACCAGAUUUUGCUUCAAUCGAAAGCUUCGAUGAUGAACACCUGUGCGCUUUCACAAGCUCCGCAGAGUUCAAGAUCAACAUUAUGGAGCAAUGGAGAUCAAGUAUCAUCCCAAACUUGGCCUGGAAUGAUCAGGAUCCACCGUCAAGUAACCAUUUGAUGGCUUCGCUACGAGCAGAGUACUACGGGGGUGUAGCUGCCUUGUUGUUACCGUACCUGAGAAUUCUGAACUUUCUCGAUCGAAUGGAGGAUUCAGACAAAGAGCUAUCCAAAGGCCAGCAAGGUAUCAUCUAUAUCAUCCAUCAGUGGGCGAGAUAUGCUCUCAACAACAUUACCGCUUUUGACUGUAUCGGUGCAGUUGAUGGUCAUGUGUACAAGAAAUUUCGGGGUACAAGCAGUAGUCUGGUAAUUAUGGGUAACCCUGUGAAUACACUUAACAUUGGAUUCAAGGCAGUCCUUCUUUUUCGAGCUAUCGGUUCGACCCCACUUAGAAAACACAUCGAAAGUCUACUGCAGCUCUCAGAUGAAGAUAUGAACCAUCUCUACCAACACACAGUCGAUAGGUUGUCCCGAUUUCGACCAACUAGUCGAAUUCUAAACCAGGAUCUCGAAUUCUUGCGUAUGCCCUGGUCACAAAUGAGCCCAAUCGUUCAGUUGCGUCUAGCUACCACAUUGGCGGUUUAG